CCUUGGGUGGCCUCACUACUCCAAACAAAUGAUAUUUUUUGACAAGUAAGCCUGCCUGUUACCUCUCAUUUGCAAGAACUCAACUCAUUUUAUCCAUUAACGGUCGCCCCUCCUGUAUAGCUCCCGCUACUGCCAACCAACCAAAAUACACAGCAGGAAUGGCUAGUCUUCCCCAUGGAAAUAUGAAUUGCAGCAUUUUAUGCAAUAGAGAAGCGGUUUCCUUCGUGGGUUUGCCUGCUCUUCCAUAUUUGCGGCCAAGGGCGAGAGCUUUUGAAGGUUUGGUUAGAGGAAGACUUAAUCAAAGCUUAUAUAGAAAGGAAACUUCUCUUUUUCUUGGAAAAGGAUCCAACCACAUGUUGUCAAAGAAAUUGAUCUUUUCCAUCCCUAGAAGGAGCACUGCUUCAAACUCCAGUGGUAAUGGCAAUGACUCCACUGAUCAGGCCAAGCAGAAACCUUUUGGUUACACGAGGAAGGAUGUUUUACUGAUAGGAGUUGGAGUUACUGUCAUUGGCGUUGGCUUGAAAACUGGAUUGGAGUUUGUAGGUGUUGAUCCUCUACAAGCUGGAAAUGUAGUUCAGCUGGUACUGGUUUUGGGUCUAACAGUUGGUUGGAUCUCAACAUAUAUAUUUAGAGUUUCAAACAAAGAAAUGACAUAUGCUCAACAAUUACGAGACUAUGAAAACAAAGUCAUGGAGAAGCGGCUAGAGGGCCUGACAGAAGCAGAGCUGGAAGCAUUGCUUGAACAAGUUGAGGAAGAGAAGAGACGCGUAGCUAGUGGUGACCAGGUUAAUUAAGUACCUUGUCAUCAAUAGCCUUAAAAACAUUACAACACUAAUUGAUAUACAACUCUCUAUGUAUAUACAGUAGGUUAGUUCACAGAAAAUUUUUGUGAAGUUGGCCUUAUUUGUACUUACGGAAAGGCAGCAAGAUGAUAAUGCAAAAAUCAUGUUUACUAUUGCAAA